GGUAUUAUCGGUGUGUCAAAAUUGUUAACUACGAUAAAUUCUAAGUUAUUUUCAUAUUUAAAUUUUUUGUAAUUAAUUAGUUCUUUUUGAGUUAUUUUUGCAAAAAAAAAAAAACCAUACAUAUUUUCGUCUAUGCCCAGCAUUAGAUAGGUCUACAGGCAACUUUAUUAAAUUUUAAUAAGGUGAUAUAAUUUGAAUAUUUGCAUGCAUUGAACAUAAAUUCUAAAUAACAAUUAUUUAAAUUUCAAGAUAAAAUAUAUUUUUACUUGCAUCUAUUCUAACAACCAUUUUUUUUUCUAAUUAAAGUUGCUAACUGUAUUCUUGAUUAACAAUUGAUAUAGAUGGGAAGAAGCGCCUCGUCUGAGAUGAUGCCUUCGCAUUCUGAUAUUGAGGAAGGUGAUGUUAAGCAUGGACUUUCCUCCUCUCAAGAGUUUCAUGGGGAGCUUCCAAGUACAACUUAUACGAAUCAACAAGAUUUUGAGUGUGCGACUGCAAAUUCUGUACCUGUGAUUUAUUUUGAUGAACAACAAUCUUUACCUGAGACUUAUACGACUCAAAUGUUUCAUGGGGAGCUUCCAAGUGCAACUUAUACGAAUCAACAAGAUUCUGAGUGUGCGACUACAAAUUCUGUACCUGUGAUUUAUUUUGAUGAACAACAAUCUUUACCUGAGACUCAUACGACUCAAAUGUUUCAUGGGGAGCUUCCAAGUGCAACUUAUACGAAUCAACAAGAUUCUGAGUGUGUGACUGCAAAUUCUGUACUUGUGAUUUAUUUUGAUGAACAACAAUCUUUACCUGAGACUCAUACGACUCAAAUGGCACAAAUCCAAGGCCAAACCUCGAAAAAAAAGAGCCCGAAGCCUGAAGAACGAGGGAAGGCCGCUCGUCUUCUCCUCCCCGACACAGCACAGGAUUCAAAGGAAAAUCUAAAAAAAAAGCCCCCCAAAAAUACUGCAUGUUCGGCUUUUAUAGCCGAUUUAUUACUGCUUCUGUUGUGUCUUUCUUUGCUGUUUACAAGUGCAAGUGGGGUGAUUGGAGCAGGUGGUGGUAGGUGCGGUGUAGCAGUGGCGGUGGCAGAGGAGGCCAAAAGUCAAGGGGUGACGCCUAGGGUUUCAGUCUUUGAAACCCUAGGCAGAUAG